UUCGCAUAUGACACAAGACUCUCGUGCGGCGUGGCAGGAGGACGCGGUCUCAUCACGUCUUCGAGGUGAGGCAGCUGAGACAGUGAAACCGGCAACAAUGAUACGGGGUUUGGGAAAUAUCUUCAUGUUGGUAACACUGGUCGUUGGGAAACCGGCCUCAGAGGUCAACGUCGAUUCCUCGGGGCCAGUAGUUAACGUCCAGGGUUCGGGAGAUCCUGGAAGAGCUCAGGUCAUUGUGGACAUGCCAGGACAGGUCAACAUGAGUGCCGAUGGCCAGGCACUGGUGUUGCUCCUGUCCGAGAAGGGUCAAGGGCUUAGGGUGGACAUCAAUGGAGUGUUGAUAUCUGAUCUUAUUGAUGAUAAUGACCACACUACAUCAGCCCCGGAACAGGUCACCACACCGCCAGUAUAUCAAACUACACAGCCUCCAGUGCCCCAAACUUCACAGCCUCCAGUGCCCCAAACUACACAGCCGCCGGUGCCCCAAACUACACGGCCUCCAGUGCCCCAAACUACACGGCCGCCAGUGCCCCAAACUACACGGCCUCCAGUGCCCCAAACUACACGGCCUCCAGUGCCCCAAACUACUACAGUACAACCCACCACCCAAGGCCCACCAAAGAUAAACCACAACAGGAACUGCCUGACGAAGAAAGAGGAAGGGUUCACCAGCAGCGGCAUCUACACCCUGCAGCCGUUCGAUUGUUGCCCGGACAGGGAUGUGGAAGCUCCCUGUGACAUGACCACGGACGGGGGUGGUUGGACGGUCAUCCAGAGACGCCAGGAAAACCCAUCCCACCAGGAGGACUUCUACAGGACGUGGGACGAGUAUGUGGACGGCUUCGGCGACCUUGCGGGCGAGUUCUGGCUCGGCCUCGACAACAUCCACGCCCUCACGAAUCAGACCAACUACGAGAUCCGCAUCGACCUCGCCGACUGGGAUGGCGCCACUAAAUGGGCCCAGUACAGCACGUUCCUCGUCAGAGACCGAGCCAGUAACUACCAGCUGCAAUUGGGAAGCUACUCUGGCGACGCAGGAAAUUCCUUCGCCUACCACAAUAUGAUGCCUUUCUCCACCAAGGACGGUCCGGUCAAGAAUGAGUGCCCCAAGACGUCCCAUGGCGGGUGGUGGUUCAACAGUUGCCAUUAUGCCAACCUCAACGGCGUGUACAGAAACGCCUUUAAUUCGGACGGCGACAGCAUCACGUGGUUCAGUUUCCGGGGACCGAAUUAUUCUCUCAAGUUCUCGGAGAUGAAGAUUAGACCGACAUCAUAACAGGGGAGAGGAGGUCACGGCGCGCGGGUGGCAUUCGUUCGCUGCCUCUCCUGUUUGUUCGUUUGUUUGGGAUGGAGGAGGGAGGG